ACUGCCAAUACUAUAUCUCUGUUAUCGUCAUACAACCGUAUUACUUUAAACUGCUGCCUCCUUAUUUCUUACUUCAUUCACUGAAAAUGUCUGCCGAAAACAACAGUGCCAAUUUGGUUCCAGAUAAAGAUGAUUCUGCUUCCACCCAAAUUCAAUCUCCAAUUCCCAAAUCAAAGUUCAAAUUGGACAGCAGCGAAACUCCCACUACCACAAAGGAUGUGAACACUAUUCACCACAAUCUAAACAGCCUUCGUCUCAGCAACUUAUCCAAAAUCAGAGAUAGAUCGUUAUCUCCUUUUCAAAAGGAUUCCAGUAUCCCUUCUUCUGCUGUUUCUUCUAAUGGCGGCAUUCCAUCUUUAGCCUCAAGCAGUAAAUAUCUGAGCUCAAACGAUAAAACCGAUAUCAAAAAACUAUCUCCUCAAGAAUUGAAAAUUUAUAAAUUAUAUGGAAAAUUACCUUCCUCAAGUGAGAUCUUGAAUUCAAAAUUAAAACAUAAGCAAUAUUUCGACACCUGUGAUUACGCUUUGAACUUUUUCAACAUCGAUACAAAUGACCCAGUCGUAAACGACAAUAUUAAUAAUAUCAAUUAUAAUUCUUCAAUUCAUAACCACUCAAGAAAGAAUUCGAUCAAUAUAUUAAACAGUAUUAAUGUCAACACCACUUCAACUGAUGCUUCAACAAAUUCUAUUAAUAACAUUAACACCAACGAGACCUCUGAAAUCACUAACGAGGAUUUGAACACUCCUCCCGGUUUAACUCACUCACCAACAAACUCCAUCUCUUCUUCAAUAUCUUUAUCAAAUAACCUACUCCCUCUUCCCAACUUGGAAAAGCUAUCCCAAUUGAACAUUAAGAGAGAAAUCAGUAGACAUGGGUCCAUGGUUAGUGUCAACUCAAAGGAGAUCUUAAAGGGGAUAAUCAAUAAAAGUAAUUUAGAAAAUCAAAUUGAUUCAGAUGCAAUUGAAUCCGAUUAUGACACUGAUUACUCCUCAAUCUCAAAUUCAAACCAAAAUCCCACUUUAAUCAACAAAGAAAAAAUCACUUUCAACAACUCUUUUAAAUUCAACAACUCUCCUCUGGACUCUCCCAAAAUUUCAUCUCCAUCAAUUAAUCCAUUUUUAUCCUCAACAAACACAACUCCGGUCAAAUCUAACAGUAUCGUUUCUAAUUCUAAACCCACUAACAAAUAAUACACAAACUAAUUAAACUAUUACUUUUUUCCUUUUUCUCUUAUAUUUCCUUUUAUUUUUAUUUUUUAUAUCUUGGUCUUUUAACUUUUUUAUUUUUAUUUUUAUUCCUUACUCUUUUAUGAUUUUACUUUUAUAUUUGUCUUCAUUUUAUAUAUAUAUCUUUAUAGUAUUCCACUCUCUAAACCUCUAUAUCCUAUUUUAUCUCUUAUUACUUUAUUUACUUGACUACUUUAUUUUUUUCUGACUGUAUUUUUCACAUAUUCAAUUAACCUAUUCAGUGACUUCCCACUCUCGUUUAAAAUAUGAUCUUUAUAGGUAUACUUGUUGUUU